AUGCUGCGGCAAAAUAAUUUGUUUUGGAUAGCUGCGGCUAUUUCAAAUAUUCUUUUCAUGUACUGGACGAUUCUAAUUUACAAAUACCAUUUAUCUUUUGAGACAAAGCAGCUGGGAAAUGAAACAGUUUGGAAAGCAAAAAAAAACUUGCAUAAAAAUAAAAUAAUUACAAGGAACGAAAAUCUGCCAUUUUGUGCGGAAAACUCAAGUGUUUUCAAAGGGCUUAUCGGAAUACAAAAAGUUUCACCAGAUAUGAAGGUUAUGGAAAAAGUUUUCUCAAUGUUGGCGCCCGGUGGACACGGUGAGCCUAGAAAUUGCCGUGCUCGACAUCGAAUUGCUAUAAUAGUUCCUUAUAGGAAUCGUCCUCUGCAUCGCAGAUUAUUUCUUUACAAUAUGCAUCAAUGGUUACCGAAACAAAUGCUCGAUUAUAUGGUGAUUAUUAUCAGCCAACUUGGUAAGGAAAAGUUCAAUCGUGGUGCUUUAAUGAAUAUUGGAUUCGUCGAAGCUCAAAAGCUCUAUGAUUGGGAAUGCUUCAUAUUCCAUGAUAUUGAUUUACUACCUGAAAAUGAUCGAAUUCCAUAUAGAUGUUUAGAUCAACCUGUUCAUUUGUCUGCUGCCAUAAGCAAAUACAACUAUAGCAUACCAUAUAAAAACAAUUUCGGAGGAAUAUGUGCUUUUACAAAGGAACAAUUCCUGAGAAUGAAUGGUUUUUCGAAUGAUUAUUGGGGAUGGGGAGGCGAAGAUGAUGAUGCACACAAUAGGGUGCUACUGGCUGGUUAUAGUAUAUCGCGGUAUCCAAAAAGCCUAGCACGUUAUACAAUGUUGCCUCAUGCAAACCAAGCAGGAACCAGCAAUGCAAGCAAUUGCUAUACUCCUUCAAUCAAUGAGACAUUAUCCAAAUGGAAAAAAAGCGGUUUAUCAUCUCUGAACUAUCAUUUAGACAGUAUAAAAUUUUUGCCGCUUUAUUUAAGUAUUCAAGUUACUCUCAUGGAUAAAGGACAGGAAAGGCUAUUACAAAACAGUUCUGAUUGCUAG